GGAGCAGGGGAAUCACUUAAAGAAAUCUCUUAAUACUUGGUUUGGUGGGGGGUUUUUUGUGUGUGUGGUUUUGUUGUUUGUUUGUUUUUAAAAGGCUGGUUCUGUGUUUCCAGAACCGCAUCUGAUCAACCGUUAAAAUGGUUUCUCCUGUAGAGAGUGGUGCUUAUGAACAUUAAAUCCCAGCUUUCAUGUUUGCACAAUAAAUGAAGAGAGACAUUUAGGUCUAAUGUAAGCAGCUAAAACUCCUUUGGACUAUGGAUUUAUUUAUUUUUUUUAAAUGUAACUGUUUAGCUGCUUACAUAUUGGGAGCUGCAACUUAUUACUGAACUAUACCUGGAUAGAGAUGAUGGGACUUCUUGAUGCGUCCAGGUAGUCUCCACAUCUGAAGCUACAUCAUCUACACGCCCUUGUAUCCUCCUUUCUUUAUCUUCUGAGAAGACAGUUUGCUUUUAUUUAGCCACCAGAUCCAUUUUGUUCCCCCUAGGACAGGGAUUCUCCAUUUAUGCAAUAGCAAGAUCCUGUCUGAGCGGGCAGCGGCUCGUUGGACGCAGUGCUGGCGGCGCCGAGUGCCUGCUCCAACCCCCCCUCCGACGGGCACGGGGCGGUGGGCUUGCCUGGAGACCCCGCAUCCGAGUCCAGAGCCAGAAAGGCUGCUAAGAGCACCCCUCACGUUCGGAGCUGACUCUUCUGUUUGUGGUGUAAAGGAAUGGUUUUCUGCUAGCGUUGAAUAGUCUGGAGUAAGGAUUGGCAGGCAGGUUUUUUUAAGUAUUUGCACGCCUGUGUAAUAAGCUGGUUAUUACUUUUGCAUAACCAAAUCGUUGGGGAAUACGGAGUUUUAGUGCAACACCUGGUAUCGAGAGGACCAGCUUUGCAAGUAUGAUUUAUCUCCUUUGCUUUUUUAAAAUCAUGAAAUCUUAUCUAUGAAGACGGAAGGUGUACACCGUUCAGAUUGACUUUGCUUCCCUAGAGCAAAUGCCUGGACGUGGCUAGGAAAGUAGAUUCGGUUGGUUUGUUCCUCUCAGGUUCGUAUUUUCUCUGUAUACGAUGAGACAGUUUUCUCAGUGGCCGAGAAAAUGGGAUGCGUUCCUGUCUCUUGCAGGAGGGUGCUGAACUAAGAACGGUCAGGGCCUGCUGAAGAUGGGAGAGCGAGGACCUGGGUGGCAAUGCGGGCAUCCCUACCCAGCCAAACAUGAUGGGGAGAGCUGCCCGCACCGCGGGGCUGGGGCCCGGCUCCGGGCUUCGCAGAGAGCUCGUUUGGCUGCUGCAGCGGGGUGGCGGCUGCCUGACUUCGUGCUGUAGCAUCCCUUCAGUCUUAAUUUUUCUCAGCAAGCUAAUUUUUUUUUUUUUUCCCCCAGUUGAUGAACAGAAAAACCCUUAAAGGUCGAUGUCUAAGGAGGCACCUUAACCCAUUAGCAGCAGUGGCAAAGUCAAAGAAAACUGCAGAGGAAUGACUGGCAAUUCUGCUAACAUAAACGUCAUCCAUUUGCUGCUCUGGAUUCAGGGGAGAGGGAUGCUCCUGGUGCUAGGUGCUUGCCCGGAAAAUGGCUGUUCCACCUGCUUAUGCUGAUCUGGGCAAAUCCGCCAGGGAUGUUUUCACCAAGGGAUAUGGUUUUGGGUUAAUAAAACUUGAUUUGAAAACAAAAUCGGAAAAUGGACUGGAAUUUACAAGCUCAGGUUCAGCAAACUCAGAAACGAGCAAAGUUAGUGGUAGUUUGGAAACAAAAUACAAAUGGGUGGAAUACGGAUUGAUGUUCACAGAGAAGUGGAACACCGACAACACGCUAGGCACUGAGAUUACUCUUGAAGAUCAGCUUGCCCGUGGCCUGAAGCUGACCUUUGACUCCUCCUUCUCUCCUAACACUGGGAAGAAGAGUGCUAAAGUUAAGACAGGGUACAAGAGGGAACACAUCAACAUUGGCUGCGACAUGGAUUUUGAUAUUGCUGGUCCUUCAAUACGUGGAGCCCUGGUGGUUGGCUACGAGGGAUGGCUGGCAGGUUACCAAAUGACUUUUGAGACAACGAAGUCUAGAGUAACCCAGAGCAACUUUGCUGUUGGCUAUAAGACCGACGAGUUCCAGCUUCAUACUAACGUGAAUGAUGGAACGGAAUUUGGAGGCUCCAUUUACCAGAAGGUGAAUGACAAACUGGAAACUGCCGUGAAUCUUGCUUGGACAGCCGGUAAUAGCAACACUCGCUUUGGAAUCGCAGCCAAGUAUCAGAUUGACCCGGACGCCUCUUUUUCUGCUAAAGUGAACAACUCCAGUCUGAUUGGAUUAGGAUACACUCAGACUUUAAAGCCAGGUAUCAAACUGACAUUGUCAGCUUUGUUGGAUGGCAAGAACGUCAACGCAGGUGGUCACAAACUUGGUCUAGGAUUGGAAUUCGAGGCAUAAGGAGUGAUUCUACAAUCGCUAAUCUGCAAAUACAGCAUAGCUACCUUCAGAAUAUAGUGUACCUUUCAAUGUUUUAUGUCUGGGAUGCAAGUAUUGCUACGUAUGUCCUGCUAGUCCUGGUUAAAGACAGCUAAGCUUUAAAAAUGAUGUUGUUAAAGAAAUGGAGACAAAAGCAUAAAAAAAACCCCAAACAACUUAAUUCCAGGCUUUUUUUUUUUUUUUUUUAAUGUUAUUGCCCAUCACAUCUGUCAGCUGCCACGUGAUAGGAAGGUAUUGAUUACCUUUACUAACGUAUCGACUGCACAAGGAAUCUGUGAACGUGGUGUAAAAACAGAGACCUUCAGAAUCACAGACCACUACGUUGUACUGUUCAUUCCGUAAGCAAAAUGUUCCGACACUUAAGCUUUCAAUUCACAAUGGAACGUGCAAACUUGUCUGAAAAAGGGAUUUAUUUUUUUUUUUUAAAGAAUUUUUUUUUAGCUAGGCGUUUCAUGAAUGGUUUGUUUUUUCUUUGGUUAUCUUACACCUGCAGCUGUCUCAGAAUGCUUUAGGUUGUCCACCUUGCGUAGGUCUGUUGCGGAGGAGGUUCGAUGUGACUCGGCCAAUACUACCCGUCCUGUGUUGUGGUUCCUUUCCCUUGCACUGACUUGGAAAGCUUGUAAGAUGGGGCCAUAAUCAGGGAAGAGUCUUUGUAACUGCAGUCACAUAGUUGCAUCACUAAAUUGAAAAUGGACUUGUGUUUUAUUACCACUUUUUUUUAGCAACUAAAUGGGUACAUUUUUAGAGAGUCUUCCAUUUUGUGUGGACUAGACCCCAAAAUGCUGUACUUGACACUACUAAAAAUGGAUAAAAAAAAAAACCAAACCCAACUUGAAUAAAAUAUUGAAAUGUC